CUCUAGUCUGCAAGGUGGGAAUCUUAGAUAAGACCAGCAAUGGCUCAUUUACUGAUAAUUUCAAGCCUUCUCCUCCAGUCAGUUGUUGGUCUGUGCUCCCUCCCAGCUCCUGUUAAUGUCACCAUUGACUCUCUAAACCUAGAGCACAUUCUCAAAUGGGAUCCAGGACCAGGCACUCCAACAGAAGCUCAAUACAGAGCAGAAUAUUUCCAUUUUAUCAAGAACACAUGGUCUCCAGUGAGAACAUGUCUCAGAGUCACCAGCCCCAGACAGUGUGACCUGACAGAGGAGUUCAAGGUUAUCUCCAGCUUCUACGUUGGUCAGGUCCAAGCCUUCACAGAGCUAGAAAUAUCCAACUGGUCUGUUUCGAACGUUUUCCACCCCAGUUCAGACACUGUCCUGGGGCCCCCUGAGCUUGCUGUCUCUGGCUGUGGAAAUUGCCUGCGUCUCCAGAUCAGUCCCCCUAAAGGAAAGAGAAUGCAUCGCUUUCUGGAAUUUCACCACAGGUUCAAAUAUAUCUGUGAAGUGUUGAGACUCAGAGAUGGAAGCAAGUUCACUGUACAAGUUGUGGCUUCUGAUAAAGACAUAAUUAUUGAAUAUUUGGAACCUGGCACGGAGUACUGCAUCACUGCGAAAAUGCAAACUGUUUUCACUCGCCACUCCCAGACAUCCCAACCAUGCUGUGCGUUCACCAGUCCAGAGCCAGUCAACACAGUUCCAGUCACGCUGGGCCUGAUGAGCCUUGCUAUCUUGCUGACUGCCCUGGUUUGUGGUUCCUUCUUCUGCCAUGGCUUGUCAUCUUCUCUCAAGAAGCGUCUUCCAUGGGUGCUGGCGUCUAUGAGUUCCAGCACUGCCACUCCUCACUGUGUUGCUGCAGAAGCAUAUUCUAUGGCUGAUGUUGUACAGGACAACAUGAAAGACAGCUUUAGCUCAAAGUCUCUGGACCCCAAAGAGGAAGAGGAAACUGUGAGAGAAGAAAACGAGGGCUAUGGGUACUUGGUAGGAGAAGCUAAUACCAGUACGCUCACUACCUUUCCCUGAAACUACACUGCUGGGAGAAGGCAGGCCAGGAGCUACUGCAUUACAAAGAAGGGCGGCUGCUCUAGAUCAUUUCUUUUGUUAUUUCUAAGGAAUCAUUAUUUUUUGCUGUUUAAUUUUCCCACUGUUCUGUUUCAUUAACAUUUUUGACUUGGGAAAACACUUUGAUCACUUAGAGAAUAACUUCUUUAAACUUGCCUCUGUUACUGUUAGUCUGUUUGUUAAACCGUAAACACAAAUGUGAGCUAACUGUACAGUAGCUACAGUAACUAAUGACUGUAUCUUGGCAUUACCCAAAAUAAUCAUUUUAAAUGGCUGAUUAUGUUCAUGCCAGUAAUACCAAUUCUGAUGUCAUACUGUACAUGACACUGACUGUGCCUUCAUGUUUCCUCAUACACACAAAUAUCAGUCACCUAAUAUAAUCCUUUUUUAAGUGUUAAGCAGGUAUAGUUAAAAAGCUGUGAAUUGUAAAUAAUAUAAAAUUUUUGCUUAGUAAUAGAAUUUUUGUGCAAUUUGUAUGCUUGAUUUGAAUGAUUUGAAUAAAAUUGAAAUACAGUAUGCCAUAAUACAGGUGACAUUAACUACAAUUGUAAAAAGACCAUAGUUACAGAUAACUUGUAUCAGACAAACAAUUAUACUGUAUCACAUGCGUUCUCAACAUGAAAGACGUUCUUCCACACCUUACAACUGACCUCUUCUGCCAGCAUGACCUGCAUUUACAGGGUAUAAAUAUAUCAGUUCUUAACAUGAAAAGACAAAAAGAUGGUUCCAUGUUUGAAAUAAUUCACACAUCUUACAUAAAUGAUAUAAAGACAUUUAAAUAAUCAUUUUGGGAAAUUGUAUAUCUGUAACAAAGUACAGAGGGGGGAACUACAUGUUGUUUACUAAUUAUCUUAUUACAUUUUCAACUCUAGGAUUUUACCUACUUCAUAUAUCCUUUUGUUGCAGUGUUAAUGGAGUUAACGUACCAGUAUUUUGUGUUUGCGGAUUUCCUUUUUCCAAUGUCGUGUACAAGGGCUGCCUCAGAACUCUGUUACGCUCGUACUGUAAACCCCUCCUCUUAAGGAGGCUCCAGCCCUUCCUUGUUUCAUACUCAUCCCCUGCACUUGCCUCCAGUUCCAGCCCCCCGUGGUAUAAAACCCCGUGCCUUCAGGGCAUCCAGAAUGAUGGAUGAUGGAUGCCCUGAAGCUCGCCUACCUGAAGU